AUGUUCACAAAGACAUGCACAGCUUGUUGGUGCAGCUGUAGGGGACAACACAAUUGUACACUUGUCGAUUUUCUGCCGUUGAAUUAAGUAGGAAAACUUGGGUCAUACGACAAAAAUUAAUGAUCGCAAGUUUCCGAAGGUUUUCGAGCGAUUUUUGAUCCCCUUUCAACAUAGCCUAGGGCGGAUAUGUAAUGUUUGUCAUGUCAGUGAUUUAUAGAAAUUAGGUCGGAUAAAAUUAGACGGAUAUAACCUUCAAAAAAUGAAGUGCAAAUAAAGGACAGAUAACGGAACUGAUUUAUAAUAAAAGUACAUGAAGAAAUCGAUGAUUCUGUCAAAAAGAUAAGACAAACACAUCAGUGUAAACAAGGCUGUCGUAUUUACAAGAAAAGGGCUUCAGUGUUGCCCCUAAAGUUCCAUAUUUGAUCAUGAAAAUUUCAAAAAAAGUUAAUGAGCGAACAUUCGAUUUUUAUGCAAAUUUUUUCCUAAAUUAUGAAAAGAUCGGGAUGUCAAAUUGGUCCCGGAUUCUUCUUCAUUUCCCAUUUCCUUUCUUGUCAUUGAGCGGCGGUUGAUUGGUUCUUCCGCCGAGCCUUUCAUCGACAUCCGAAGCCGCAUUCGAGGAUUGUCGGAAUACAGUAAGCCUCCACACAGUGUGCCCAAUGUAUAUUAGAUUCGAAUAUGCAUAAACCAAAAAGCCGAGAAACGGAGGAGACCACCCAAGAUCAGGAUGAAGUCACCCCCCAGAGGAAGACCGAGGCCCGGCGGAAGGCCACUGCAAUGGCCAACAAAAAACAGGCGGUUGGUCGAAAAAAGCGGACCAAAAACAGUGGAGGGGUGAGGAACCAAAUUACAUUGUUUUUGAUGUCAAUUUAUAUUAUUGACGUCAGAUAUCCAAAUUCUAUUUUUAGUCCCAAAUGUUGCCUGUAACUCAAGACGAGGAUUUGGAAACUACCCUUGUCACAAACGAGACUGAAGACGAGGAAGUGCCGUUGGAAGAACUGCUGAAAAGAGAAUUGGCAAUGGGAGCACCCGUCAAGAAAGUCGUUUUUACAUUUGAAUACGAAAAUGGGCAAUAUGUAAGUCCGUAAAAUCUAGGGUAGUCCUUCAGACCGGAAUCAAGUUGAACGAGAAGAUGAUGGUGGUGGACGUGGAUCAGCGACCAAAUGUCUCGCCUUUUUGGGAUCAACUCAAACUUGGUGACGUUGUUGUCCAAAUCAACACUUUUCCGGUAAUUUUUAUAAGAUUUUGUAAACUUUUUAUAUUAUUUAUGACAACUUAAGAAAAACUCAGCGGUUUUUACUUGAAAUUUUGAAAUUUUAUUUAAACCACCUUGGUCUUUACUAAUCCACUUUUUAUAGGUUACAACCGUCGAUGAAUUCAAUCAAUUCCUCCAGAAGCUCCCGUCGCCCAUGACUUUACAUGUAAAUCGGAUGGUCACCUCCAAAAAUGUCUCCAAAAAUCGACAAAAAAGGCUGCGAAUUGACAAAAGGACAGGCGAUAGAUACUUCACGGCCUACAUCCGCAGUAUUAAUAGCUCUCGGAUGGGGAUUACGGUAAAAUCUCAUAAUGGAAUGGUCGCGGUCCUGAGAGUUGAAGACUGGAGUCCAGGUGGGUCCAAAUUAUUGUUUAUACACCUAAACCAUCGGUUCAGAGACAUGAACUGUCGUGUUGCACUAGCUCUAGCAGUUAGAUUACUUUAGAAUAUUUUUAAAAAAUUAUUUUAUAUUAAUUUAGGCUAUGGGUGUUUGGAAAUUGGCGAUUUAAUCUUGGAUGUGGAUGGAAUACCGGUCAAUAACGUUGACCAAACAAAGAAGCUGCUAUCAACGGCCCUAACUACUAAAAGCUUUGUCUCUUGCGUUUGUUGUCGCCCAAUGACAGCGAAAACUUUAGUCACCAUCAAGUAAGCUAAAGCAAUAUCGAAAAAUCUCAGAUUUUGACUUCAAAUUAAAGGUUUUGUUUUAAGAAAAUAGUACCGUAUUUUAGAGACAUCCUCGGCCCCAAUGCAGUUGCUCCGGAAGAUCCGGAAAUGAAGAUUGACGCCGCUUUAAUCGGCCGAAUGGAAGCCAUGAGGAUUCGAGCGAGGAAAGCGAAAGCUCAACGUAAGAAGGGAGUUUACAGAAGGAAUCCGAAUAACAACAAAAAUGAACAUGCAGUUGUAGGUUAUAUUACUUUAUUAAUCAUAAAAAAGCCCAUUUUUUGGUUAUUUGACCCUAAUUUUAAAUUUUUUUAGUUUGAUCCCGUCCGAAACCGCAUGGUAGAGAUUUGGUCUGAUGUCGAGAACUUCAGUGAUCUCCAAAAAGUCCCUCCCGAUCAUUUACUCACCGGCACCGAAAGGAUGAAACGCAAAUUCAAACUUUUGUUCACUCAUUUCACGAAUAAAUAA